AUGGCGACACGGAGCAUCUCGAACCGCAUCGCCGGAGGACGUAGGUAUGCUGAUCUCCUUCUGCGUCAACGAUGCAGGUGGCAGCUUGCGGGCAUCCGCUGUGCGAGCACGCUUACAGAAGUGGCACUGUCAGAGAAGGAGAACAACACACCGCGAAGAUUGGCCACACCACCAAGAGGUUUUCGGCGGAUGACUCUUCGGGACUUUGACAUCCCGAUCGAAAACAAGCCUGAAGUGGAUCUCUCCAAGCAAGCCGAGGAGCCGGACGAGGAUGCACCGGUAAGGAUCUCGGAGAUCACGGGCCAGGAAGUUCAGAGCCUUUGGCCUCCGACGCCCUUGAUCGACAUGAAGAGCAGAGACAAGCUGAUGGAGUCGCUGGACCAGAACGAGCUCAUGGAAAAGGUGGACGAGGAGGAGCGCCGUGAAGUCACGAGGCCAUUCUUGUGGCUACAACACGAGGAGCAGGAUUUCGUCGGCAACGAAGAUGUUGGCAGAUUUGUCAAGAUCGCCCGCGAUGACCUGCUCGAGCAUUUACCGGAAGGAGGCUGCGGUGAGUUGUCGCGCGAUUUGACUUUGAUCCCUGACCGAACGCGGGACGUGGGUCUGAUGGUCAGGAAGCUGUCGAUCGAGCUCAUCUCACAGCUGUCUGAGCUGCAGCACGCGACGGAUGCGGAAGGUCGGCCCAGAAUUCGCAAGGCCGGCUUUCUGCUUGACGGCCAUAAGGGGACAGGGAAGAGCCAAGUCUUGAACCUGCUCGCCAUGUGGGCACGCAAGAACGGUUGGCUGGUGGUGCUGGAGCCAACGCCGGGCCGCUACGCACGGGAGAUCGCAGAGAUCAAGCGCUCGAACAACGGGGUCUACAUCCAGUCCGAGUUCGCUCAGCAGUUCUUGGAAGCCUUGUCGCUUGCAAACCGUCACAUGCUUGAGGAGAUUCCGGUUGACAACACGGCCUAUGGGUCCAGGGCGAUCGAUGGAGAAUCACAACAGGUGACCCGUCGACUAUACGAGCCCCUGAUCGAGAAAACCGUGGACAGAGAGGUCGAUGCGCAGAGCCUCUCCGGACCUGAGCGCUUGCAGCGCAUCGCUGAGUACCGGCGGCAAGUUCGCAUCCCAUCGAUGGCUGAUGUGCUGAAGCCGCAGAACGUAUGGGAAAUCGUGGACUUCGGCUUAGACAAUGAGCAAUACGCCGUCCAGGCGGUUGCAGAGACCUUCGUGCAGCUACAGCGACAGACGACGCAUCCCGUUGCCGUCGUCGUGGAUGACUGGAACGAGUGCUUCCCGUGUUCGGAGUACGUGUCAAUCCGAUACGACAACACUCGGUUCAACGGAUACAUACCUUCCUACCAUUUGUCGAUGCCCAGAGCGUUCCAUCGCUGGGACGGUCACAAGUUUCGGCGUGGGGUGAAGAUCUGCGCCACCUCCUGGAUGCGCUACAAGCGUCGACAAUACCGCCCUGAGCUGCUGGGAGUGCGAGACUUCGAGAUCAGGACAGUACGAAACUUCACGCAGCAGGAGUUCGCAAACUAUGUUAUGUAUCUUCGCAUCAUGGGGGUCCUGCACUGCUUCCCUGCGAAGGACCUGGAGUAUUUCUACAUGAUGACCCAGGGCAAUGGUUGGCAAGCGCGCAAAGUUCUCUCCACCCUCUACUGA